GGACCACAAGGCGAAGAGGGAGCUGCCGGUGACAAAGGAAACGACGGUCGUGACGGACGUCCAGGACAUAAGGGACCUCGUGGCCCGUCGGGCGAGAACGGCAAAGAGGCUGAGAAUGGCGAGGAUGGUGCCAACGGUGACCAAGGAGACGCCGGACCAGACGGGCCGAAAGGCAGCUGUGACCACUGUCCACCACCCAGAACCGCUCCAGGCUAUUAAGAGCCUCCUGGUUUCUGCCCUGUUUGUCCUUGCCGUUAAACCCCCCUUUGCCAGUCCCCUUGUUUUCCCCCACUCUCUUGAAAUCCCCUCAUGA